UCGUAUUUUGAUGGGUGUAAAAAUAACAAAAAAAAAAUGUCAACAAAGCCGUUGAGAAAUAUUAAACAACAAAAGACAAAAAACAGGAAAGUUUUUCUCUUAUUUGCAAGAACUUCUUUGUAAAACCAAACAAAAGCCAUCCACCAUUCAAUCAGAAUGGACGUAAGUACUCAAGCAACAACAAACUGGAAUCUUGUAGCUGGCACUGAAGUUUCCAAGGCCAUUCAAACAAAAAUAACCAGUUCCGAAGACUUUAUCAAACCUAACUUGGACGAUAUAAUUUCAGCAGAUCGAGCUAUUCUUCUUAGCAGUGGAACAAACUCCAAUCAACCCACCUGUGAAAUUACAAUUCGAGUCUUUCCAAAGUUUAAAAUUGAAUCACUCACAAUCGUUUGCACAUCGCCAAAAAUUGAAUUCUUUUCUGGAAUCCAAAGUGAAUAUGUAGAGACAGUUUAUGGUGAACAUUUGCAAGAUGAAGGUGGUGAUUGCAAUGAAGACAUAGAAGGAUACAGAUACGAUGUAGAAAUUCAAAAAUCCGGAGUAACGAACUUAAUGAUUAAGUUGAUAACACCAUCGAAUGAGCUUUGUAUAUAUGGAAUUCAAUUGAAUGUUGCACCCAAUCCAGAUGGCAUUACAACACUCCUCCCAAAUAGAAUUAAUUUGGACAAUGUCAAAGAAUUACUCAACAAUUCAAAUCAAAAAUUAUCGCCAAGUGCUGAAAAAUGUAAAACUUUCUUGGAAACAUACAACAAUGUUAUGAACAGUGGCGGCUCAGAUUUAAUAGCAGAAUUUAAGAAGGGAAUGCAACUCCAAAAUGAGAUACAAACAAUGAAACCUGUUGAGAUUGAAAUGACUGAGUCACUAGAUAGUUCGAAUAUCAUGAAGAGUUAUGUGGAUAAGAAAAUACUGGAAUCAGAGAAUCGAAUUCUAAAGAGAUUGAAUGAAAUUGAAGAAGCUCAAAGCAUGAAGUUGGAUAGAAUUUUAAAAUUAUUAGAAAAAAAUCAAUAGUUAGUAAUGAAUAGAUAGACUUUAAGAAUUAUGCUGAAUAUA